AUGCUAUUCUGCGUCCCACCGCCGCUGCGCCUCACCGCCGCUGCGCCUCAAGCUACGCCGCGCCCCACGCUGCGUCUCAAACCGCCGCUGCGUCUCAAGUUACGCCGCGCCCCACACUGCGUCUCAAGACGCCGCUGCGUCCCUAACGCCGCAGUUGCGCCUCACCGCCGCUGCGUCUCAAGCUUCGCCGCGCCCCACGCUGCGUCUCAAACCGACGCUGCGUCUCAAGCUACGCCGCGCCCCACGCUGCGUCUCAAGACGCCGCUGCGUCUCAAGACGCCGCUGCGUACCUAA